AGGUAUAGUGCCAUUCUUGACACUAUGACGGAUCUUUCUUUAACAAACUAAACAGACAGAAAUCUUACUUAAUUUGUGGAAAUUGCCUGAUGGAACCUAAUGAACUCGAUGAAUAGGCAUAAUUACCCAAGGAAACAUAAAAAUACAAUUCGGACUCGAACUUGCAGGACUCGGCAACUACGGCAACGCUUGAGAAAGUCGUAGUAGGUAUCGUAUGUGUCGUUAUGUUAUUGUCGAGUGUGUGUGUAGCUAUUUUAACAUUUUUAACCUCUCUUCCUUUCAAUCAUAAACAUAACAACAGAACCAAACAAUUGAAUAACCUAGAAAAAUAUAGAAAUAAUUAAAAAUUACUUAGCUAGACUCCUUGACUAGACUCUAUUCUCUAUACUCUAUUUUAUGUGCAACAUAAAUGAAUUACCAAGGUAGUAGAGGAGGUCCUAUAACUCCUAUACAGUGUGAUCAUUGACCUCUAAUACAUAUUAGGACCAAAAGAAAAAUAGAAUCCAUAACCCAUACUGAUCCCUGCAUUCUACUAGGUACCUACAAUAUAUAACUAUUUACAUAAUGGUGCGAAAUUACAAUUACCGAUACAAUAAUCCAUUUAAUUCGGAAGACAUGAACCGGAGAAAAGAUAGCAUCCAUAGUGUACCAUUUUGGGUGGGUUUCCUAGUCAUCGCUGGAUUAUGGGGAAUAUUUGGUUUUGUUUAUUUGAUGGAUAUUAUGCUACCCACACCUCUAAAUGUCAAUGAUGAGACAGACUAUCCAGAUUGCUAUAUAACUGGCAGAGCCAUGAAUGACUUGAAGUACCUCACUGAUCUAGGGCCAAAAGUGACUGGCAGUUACGAAAAUGAAUAUGUCGUUAUAGAUUUUCUUACAACCAGAAUAAACUCGAUUAUAUCUGAAGCUAAUCCGAGCCAGUAUAUUGAAUAUGAUGUUCAAAGUGUUUCGGGUGGAUAUUAUUUGAACGAUGUGGGUGGCUAUAUGAAUAUAUACGACAAAGUACAAAAUGUAAUUGUGAAACUGCACGGUCAAAAUAACAUAUCUGAACACAGCAUUCUAAUCAACGCACAUUUCGAUACAGUUCCUAGUAGCCCAGGUGGUAGUGACGAUGGGAUACAUGUGGCAAACAUGUUGGAAAUUUUAAGAGUUUUAUCGCAAAGUAACACAAGACAAAUGUAUAAUGUUAUAUUUCUCUUCAAUGGUGCUGAGGAGACUCCGUUGCAAGCUUCUCAUGGGUAUAUUACGCAGCAUAAAUGGGCCAAUGAAUCAAAAAUUCUUAUUAACCUAGAAGCCUCAGGAGCGGGAGGAAAACUUAUUCUUUUUCAAACAGGGCCGCAGGCUCCGUGGUUGUUGAAAUAUUAUCAGGAAGUACCCCAUCCUUAUGGUAGUGUUUUGGGAGAAGAGAUAUUCCAGUCGGGGCUUAUCCCUUCGGAUACAGAUUUUAGAAUUUUCAGGGAUUUUGGAAAUAUGAUCGGUGUUGACAUGGCUUAUUUUCGAGAUGGUUAUAGGUAUCACACAAAAUAUGAUACUUUUUCAAAUAUUCGAAUGGGCACGUAUCAACAUGGUGGAGACAAUACUUUAUCUUUGGUUAAAAGUUUAGCCAAUGCUCCAGAAGUAUUAGAACAGCAAACUGCAGCUGGUAAACCAGUUUUCUUUGAAGUUUUUGGAUGGUUUCUUAUAUAUUAUAGCCAGAAAACAGCUUUAAUUGUUAACUUCAUUACCAUCGGUCUAUCUAUUGGAUCCUUCAUCUAUAGUGUUAUCAGCUUUCGAGCAAGUUUAUCAAAGUCCACGCUCAAAUACUUUGGGGUUACCAUAACAUUAAUCGUGGUUAGCUGGUUACUUGCGGCAGUAUUUAUGGUAGCUUUAGCACUUGUAUUGGAUCUACUCAAUAAAACCAUGUCCUGGUAUGGGAGGCCAUGGUUUAUUUUCAGUCUUUACGUAGUCCCUACGUUUGUUCUAUCUGGUUGCCUACUGAGUAUUAGUAAUCAUCAGUGUACUUCUUUUCAGAGCCUUUCUUUAGGCGCACGCAGUCAGCUACAAGUCCAUCUUCUAAGGCUCAUUUGGACUUUUAUUUUACUAAUUGCUACCAUUAUGCAAAUCAGAUCGGCUUAUUUGAUAAUGAUUCUGGUUUUAUUCAGUUCAGUUGGUUUCCUUAUCAUUCAAAUUUGCCGAUUAGAACACACAGUAAGAACUUGGCAAAUAAUCUACAUUUCCAGCUUAGUGGUCCCUAUUAUAACUAUAGUGUACCAAGCUUGGCAAAGUUUGCUGGCUUUUAUUCCAAUCACUGGAAGGCUGGGAUCUGAUACAAAUCCUGAACUGUACAUAGGAACAAUUUGUUUAUUUUUCACAUUACUGUCUACAACUUCACUUACAGUUUUGACAAACUUGCUUCGUCAAGUGAUGAGGUAUUUCUUAGUGUCGUUUGCCACAUUUGCUGUAUUCUUCGGUCUAUUGUAUACCCCACUAGGCUUUCCAUAUAAUGGAAACGAAGACUCUCCCACUCCACAAAGACAUUGGCUCAUGCACACUCAAAGGCAAUUUUUCAACGAAUCCUUUGAACAAAUCAGAACAGAUUCGGGUAUUAUUAUGUACAAUAUGGACAGAAACUCCCCGAGUGCUUUGAACAAAUAUGUAAAAGAACUAAGUGACAUCACUCCGAUUCAAGAAGAUUGCGACAAAUAUACCUUAUGUGCUAUACCGCUAAUUCAUUCUAAAGUCGUCAAAAAAAUUAACUAUACAACAUGGAUACCUAGUCAGCCAUCUUUCCCAGCAAACGAAACUUUAACACUCAGUUUGGUUUCCAAAGAGGCGCUGACAGCCACACAAGUGAAAUUCAACCUCAAAGUUACAGGUCCCGAUAAACUCAUGUUUUACAUUACUCCGAGAGCUAAUGUAACUUUUGUGAAUACAUCGCUAAUUGAUACGGUGAAGCCUCUGAGGUAUACGUUCCAGGGCCGUCUUGUUUAUGUCAUACUGUAUCAACUAGGAAAAAGCGAUGGCACUCCUUUAACAUUUGACUUUAUAAUGGAAACUAGUGCACACCACAAAGGCCCAGUAGUAGACUUAGCAGUCUCCGGACGAUACGUCCAUGAAAACAGAAUUCAAAAGUCGGCAGCAUAUCUGGAAUUUUUAGGUCAAUUUCCAAAAUGGGCCCACCCAAUAGCAUGGGUUGCUGCAUACCAAUCGUAUAUUUUAUAAAGUUUUUGUUAUUUUUUCCAAAUACUCAAAACGGACUGAUAUAGAAAAAAAUGUUAAAUAUACAACAAAAUUACGUUAAUUUG